GUCUGAUUACAAAACCUUUCAGGUGGUCUGAAGUCAGGUUUCUUCCAGGUGCCAUGAUUGUAGGCUAAAUGUGAAGGAACAUUUGCAGGACAAUGUCUGCUCUGCUGAUUGCCAUCUCAGCAUUUCUCAUCUCGGCAGUUGUAUUCAUUUUGCUCUUUAGAUGGUUUGCUUGCAGUUUGGCUGUCCGUUUUUUCCACAAUGUCCUGAAUGCUGAGCUCAGGAUCAGAUCUGUGGGUCUGUUCUCAGUGCGAGGAAUCAGUGUUCAGUUUCAGCCUCAGCACACUCUGGAAAUUGACAGGGUAUGGAUUUCUUGCAAAAUAGUUAACCCGGACCUGCCGAGGUUCUUGGCGUUGUGUGUGGGUGAGGCCCGGGUCCGCUUUGACCUGCAGGAGCCAUUUAAGCCCCGGGCUCCUAAAAGCAAAGAGGAGAAUUCAAAAAGACCUCCUCUCAGUCCCUCUACCCUGCACCCUCUCUCUCAGCUGCUGUCGUUCCACAUUGACUCUAUAAAUGUGAUGGUGUUGAAUCUGGCCCUGCCUGAGUCCCUCUGGCACAUGACGUCCUCUGCCAUCACCUUGCUGCUGGAUCGUCAAAGUAAAAGGUUGGCCUGGGAUUUCUCUGUGGGACAACUUAGCAGUAAAGUUCUGAAGAGCAGCAGACUACAGGACACAUGUCUGGCUGAGGUAUCGCUGAGUCUGGCCCUAAAUGGAGACGUGAGUCUGCCUGGUCUCAGGCCGGGUCAUCUGGGACUGUGUGUCAGAACUCUGCUGGCUGAGCUUCACGAAGGCCUGUUUCUCAGCCAGUUACCCAAACCUCCAGGAGCUGCUCCCACUGACUGCACCAGUCAUAUUGCAGGUUUGACAAAGAAACUUGAUUUAUCAAUCAAUGUCAUCUUUGCUGCAGGAAUCCGCGUCAGUGGUAAAGAGGAGAUCCCUGUCAUGUCAUCAGGGCUUCCUGUCUCUCCCGGCUCAGCUUGUUCAUCACAGUCUAUUUAG